AUGGACGACAGCUUCAGACUCCGCGCCGACAAGAUCUUCGGAUCCCUCUCCGCCUCGCUCUCGUCUUCUCUCCAACCAUCGCAGUCCGCUCCCUGGUCCGUCGCCGCCGCCGAGGUCGAGCGCCGCCAAUGGAGGCGCCCCUCCGACGCCCCCGACCGAGACGAAACCCCCUGUGCGUCGUCGUUUCAGGGCGAAUUCGGAAUCGGAUCUUCCAUCGGCAUGGAUCCUACUCUCGAUUUCGAGGAUGAGGAAGAUGAAUAUGACAAGGUGGCAUCGGGUGCCGAGGCUGCUGAUGAUGUUCGUUUGUUUAUGGACGACGUUACUCGUCACGGCUCUUAUUUGAAUUCGUACAAUGUGUUGGUUGGUAAGGAUUCGCGUGCGAAUCACCCAGCUGCAAGGCACCGGCUGAGAGAAGAUGAUGCUCAAGUUCAGAACCCUGGUUCCACACCCGUGGAUUUUACUGCACCCCGGUGUGCGAAAUCACCUGAAGAUGGUGGUCAGCCGAAGCCUAUACUGAAAAGGAAGGACAGUUCCUCGGAUACCAAGUCUCGGAAACGUGUUAGGUUUGACCCUGCUUUUGUAGAUCAGAGUGAUGGUGAAGAAUCAUCGGGUAGAGUUCAGAAGUUGGGUUCUGGAUUAAAUAAGACUGCUUCUCAGGUUCCGGAUUAUUUGGUGAAUCCUUCGAGGUAUACGUGUUAUAGUUUUGAUUCAAGAAGUGAAGUCGAUGAAGGUGGCAACACCAAGGCGUUUAUGGACUACAUUACCAAGACGGAUAAGGACUGCAUUACUCAGGUUGAAAGCUCAGGGUCGGAGAUGGAGGAUGCUUCACCUCAACUUCCCAAGUCUGUGACUUUUGUUCCAAAGAAGAAGACUGUUGAUGGUAGCACUAGAACAUUACAGGAUGCGGAAGAUGACAAUAAGCAAUCCUUGAAUAUAAAAGGCUUUGCUGUUGGUAUUGCGGCUAUGGUAGAAAGUGAAAUCAGUGCAGCAGAGGAGGAAGACAAGUCGGAGCAAAAUGCAGCUGUUUUGAGUGAUAGUUCAUCAAAAAGUGGUCGGAAGUUUCGAACCAAGUCAAUGUCAGAUGAUGAGUCUGAUUCUUGAGCUUCUCUUAGACUCACACAGACUGCUAGCUGCAAAUCUGUUUUUUUAUUAUGUUUUUAAACCAUGAUAAUGUGUAUGUCAAGUUAUUAACACCCAUCCUGAUUCCUGAGAAUGUUUUCCUUACAUUGUAUUGGUGGAAAUUUCAUAUUUUCUGCUAAUCUUAGAUACUUUCUCCAUAUACACACCUCUCAAUAGUAAAUUCAGUGAGUUGAACCUUC